ACGUCGUUGCUCAUCUACAUACGUGAUAAAGUGUUUACAAGGUUCUAAAAACAGUAGAUUUCAGUACAUUUCUAUAAUCAAAAACAUGCCCAUCAUUGUAAAAACUCACAGCGCUGGCACUGGCGAGUGGGCGAUCAUCGAGCUGCAGGGCGAUUUAGAGGUGCGCACCAAUCAAAGCAUGCACGAUCAAUUUAUAGGAGACUUAUAUUACAACAAAUACGGACAACCCAUUCUGAUAAUAGGCCAUCACAUUUUGCAAGGACGUGAACAGAAGCUGGACAAACCUUUUGCGGUGCUGGAGAAGUCAAAGACAAAUGAGGGACAGCAAUUGUUGAAUGCCACAAAUGUAACGCUUGAUGCUAGCACGUUGAAUGCCACCGCUGGAGCUGAGCGGACCUUGCUUGAUGAUACCGUGGCCCUGGAGCACAAGAGUCGCCAACGAACCGAGUAUACAGUGCGUGCUAUUUGCACAAAGAAGCUGAUCUUUAAAUCUCGUCCUAAGCCAAUUAUAGCCAAUGUGGCAAAGUCUGUGUAA